CUUUCUUUUUCAGUUGAAGGCGUCGGAGCGCAACGAGCGGGGAGAGACGGCGCCGGAGCGCCGGGGCCAGGGACCGCCGGACUCCGCCGUGCUCGGCCGCCGCCUCCUGCACCCAUGGCGCCCGCCACGCUCUGGGCCGCGCUGGCCGUCGGACUGCAGCUCUGGGCUUCCGGGCACACCGUGCCCGCCCAGGUCACGGUCACCCCCAGCCCCUCAGAGCCUGGGGGGUCCUGCCAGCUAGAAGAGUACUAUGACUCCAGGGCCCAGCGGUGCUGCAGGAAGUGUCCCCCGGGCCAACACGUGAAAGCCUUCUGCACCCAGAGUUCAGACACCGUGUGCGCCCCCUGCGAGGACAGCACGUACACGCAGCUGUGGAACCAGGUCGCCAAGUGCUUCAGCUGUGGUGCCCGCUGCAGUGCCAAUCAAGUAGAAAUCCAAGCCUGCACCAGGAAACAGAACCGGAUCUGCACCUGCGGGCCAGGCUGGUACUGCAUGCUGGGGAGGCAGGAAGGCUGCCGGCUGUGUGCGCCACUGCGCAAGUCCCGCCCUGGCUCCGGUGUUGCCAAGCAAGCUGUCACUUGGCGGCCGUCCCUGGCAACUCCAGUGCGAAUGCAGUCUACAUCUGUGUCCCCACCCCCAAGGGUGGCCCUGGGGGCAGCCCGCACGCCCCGGCCAGCGUCCAUGACAUCCCAACACGUGGGACCAACACCGGGGCCCAGCACAGAGCCCUCCUUCCUGCUCCCGAUGGGCCCCAGCCCCCCGACCGAGGGGCUCCGCACAGACAGCAUCUCUCUUCCCGUGGGACUGAUUGUGGGUGUGACAGUCUUGGGCCUGCUAAUGAUAGGACUGGUGAACAUUGUCAUCCUGUCCCAGAAGAAAAGGAAGCUGCCCUGCCUGCAGAGAGAAGCCAAGGCGCCUCACCUGCCUGCCGAUAAGGCCCGCAGUGCACCUGGCCUCGAGCAGCAGCACCUGCUGACCACGGCACCAAGCUCCAGCAGCAGCUCCCUGGAGAGUUCGGCCAGCGCCACGGACAGGAGGGCGCCCACCAGGAACCAGCCGGCGGCACCAGGUGUGGAGAAGGCUCCCGGGUCCGGGGAAGCCCAGGCCAGCUGCACGAGCCCAGAGUCCUUGCCCGGUGGCCACGGGACCCAGGUCAAUGUCACGUGCAUCGUGAACGUCUACAGCGGCUCUGACCACGGCUCGCCCUGCGCCUCCCAGGCCAGCUCCACGGGGGAGGACACAGACACCAGCCCCACGGUGGACGAGCAGGUGCCCUUCUCCCAGGAGGAGCGCCCCCUGCAGUCCCACCUGGGGGCCUCCGAGACUCUGCUGCAGAGCCCCGAGAAGUCCCUGCCGCUCCUCGUACCUGACGCUGGCAGGAAGCCCAGCUAACCAGGCCGGUGUGGGCCGUGUCACCGCCGAGGUGGGCUGGCCCUGUCAGAGCCACCAUGGGAAGGGGCAUGGCUGCGUGCGACAGACAGCCCGGGGUGAGUCCCUGCCCCUCGGUGGCCGGCACAGAGCUGGACCUGCAGACUUGGCUUCUGGGACCUGCGGUGGCUUUUGUCCACUCCUGGCCCUGCCCUGGCCCUGGCCCUCAGGAGGUGCGAGUGUCCUCCCCUCCCCCUGGGCUGGCUGGGGCGGAGAAAGGACAGCACUCCCGUGCGCGGGGACAGCCCAUGGGAAGCACCACCUCCAAACGUCGCCACUGCCAGCUCCUACCCCUGCACUUGGAGUGAGAACCACCGUCCUCCAGCCGGAAGUCUUCCAGUGUUAGCACGUAGCGAUGCGAGGACCAAAGCAGAAGCGAGUGCCCUGCGGUACCCGAGCUGCCCACGCCAGCGCCUCGCCCCCGUCUGCGUCCUCUGCCUUUGGCCUUCACCCCCGCGCACCCCCGGCUCCAGCCCCUCCUCCCUGGCUGCCCUGUGAGCCCUUCCAAGACCUCACCUGCUCCUAGCAAGGAAUUCCAGGAACUGGAGAGCUGGGAGGGGGGCGGCCAUCUCUCCCCACCUACCUCAGCUUGUAACUUCCUCCUGCCUCUAUGGGGUGCGCCCCCCCCCCCCCACGAUCCCGGGUGGAUGCCAGGGGCUGCAAGUCGGCCCCGCAGCUGUGUCCUGGAGCAGCUGAAGCCAAUGGUUUAGCCAAAGGAGUCUUCCUCACCAAAGUCACGGCCCCUCCCCACCAGCAAAUGUGGGCCCUGCCAAUGGCCUUGACCAGGUUCUGGAGGGAAAGGACUUUGGGGCCAGCUCCAUCUCAGGUACGUAGGUCCCUUGUUGACAAAUUCUACUGGACUUGAACUUGGCAGCUGAACCAUGGGAAGUGGGAGAGCCAAGCCAUUACCAUGGAGACAAGGAGGGUUUUCCACCCUGGAAUCAAGAUGUCAGAGCCCACUGGCCUGGUCUCUGCCCGGCUUGGCCUCUUCCCACCCUGGGCUCUGCUUGGCGGUGGAGCUCGUCUGCCCCCUGGUGGACAGUCCUGGGAGGGCCUCGGGCUUCCUCCGCGUGGCUGAGCAGAGCCGGGCGGCCCUGAAUUGGAAGGAGGCUCCUCUGGGAGUGUUUACCAGGCUUGGGUUGAAUCCAAGACAAUGAGAGUUUGCACUGCAUGCUGGACAUCACUCCUGCUUAUCAAUAAACCUUUUGUUUGUUUUA